AUGGUCCUAUCGGCUGUGUUCAUCACGGACCUCAAGGGCAAGGUCAUCAUCUCGCGCAACUUCCGCGGAGACAUCCCCAUGUCUGCGUCGGCCAAGUUCACGCGAUACGUACAGGAAAAAGAGGACUCGGAGCAGCGUCCAGUGUUCACGGAAGAUGGCUUCACUUUUGUCUAUCUUAAGCAUAAUAAUUUGUACCUCAUGACCGUGACCAAGACGAACUCGAACGUGGCGCUUAUGCUCAUGUACCUCACGCGCAUUUGCCAAGUGUUCCGAGUCUACUUUGGAGAGCUGGAGGAGGAAAGCAUUCGAGAUAACUUUGUCAUUAUCUUUGAGCUGCUGGACGAGACGAUGGACCACGGAUACCCACAGACCACAGAAGCUCGGAUCCUGCGCGAGUAUAUCACUCAGGAAGGGCACAGACUAGAGGCAGCUCCUCGCCCGCCGACGGCGCUGACCAACGCCGUGUCGUGGCGUAGCGAAGGCAUCAAACACCGCAAGAACGAGAUCUUCCUGGAUGUUGUGGAGAAGCUUAAUCUCCUUGUCUCGAGCAACGGCACUGUGCUGCACUCGGAGAUCAUUGGAGCUGUUAAGAUGAAGAGUUUCCUGUCAGGCAUGCCAGAGCUCAAGCUCGGGCUGAAUGACAAGGCACUGUUUGAAGCUACAGGGCGGUCGUCCAGCAAGGGGAAAGCCGUCGAGAUGGAGGACAUUAAGUUUCACCAGUGUGUGCGUCUCGCUCGCUUUGAGUCCGACCGAACGAUCUCGUUCAUUCCGCCUGACGGAGAAUUCGACCUGAUGACGUACCGUUUGGCAACGCACGUGAAGCCGCUGAUUUGGGUCGAAGCUGUCGUGGAACCCCAUUCGCGCUCACGUAUCGAGUACAUGGUGAAGGCCAAGUCACAGUUCAAGAGCCGCAGUAUUGCCAACAACGUGGAGAUUGUGAUCCCUGUACCACCUGAUGUCGACUCGCCCAGCUUUAAGUGCAGUAUCGGAUCGGUCACGUACGUGCCUGACCGCGACGCCAUUGUCUGGUCAAUUAAGCAGUUCAAUGGCUCUCGCGAGUACCUCAUGCGUGCACACUUUGGACUUCCAAGUGUCGACAAUCAUGAGGCUACAGACGAUUGGAAGGCGCCGAUCCAAGUCAAGUUUGAGAUUCCCUAUUUCACGGUGUCGGGCAUUCAGGUGCGCUACCUCAAGAUCAUCGAAAAGAGCGGGUACCAGGCACUGCCGUGGGUCCGCUACAUCACCCAGAACGGUGAUUACCAGUUACGCAUGUCUUAG